CCUUUGAUUCCAUUCAUUGGUUCUACCGCCCGUCCGUCCGUCCGUCCGUCCGACCCACUCACUCACACGCAAGGCAUCCACUUACACGCACUCAUACGUACAUACCGUUCACACAGACACACGCAUUGCAUUCCACGCGCAUCGCAAUGGCAUGAAUGGGAUGGGAUGGGAUGGGAUGUGGCGACACUCAGUCAGUAGUGUGGGGACCCAUGUGCUGCACUCCCAACGCCACACCACAGCACGCCGCAGCAGAUGUAUGACACCCCCACAGCCAUCAGCUACGAAAACGAGAGAGAGAGAGAGAGAGAGAGAGAGGCAGGCGAGGCGCAACGACCAAGUGGGCGUUGGGCAGGGGGUGAGUGCACAGCCGUGGAGGGCUCAGACAUGCCAGGGAGAGAGAAAGUGUGUGUGUGCGUGUGUGUGUGUGCGGUCAGGACGGAACUGACAGACACGACGACCAGGCAGGACAAGAGAAGAGAGGCCUCCCACCCACCCACCGGCCCGAAUGAGUGUACGCGUGCAUUGAUCGCAAUUUACCCACCCUCCUCACUCACGCAGGCGUCAUGCAGACGUGUCUGCCACCCCAGCUGGUAGGUAGGGGAACUGGGCGAUGCGUGUACGCCAGCGAGAGAGAAUUGUGGUGCCAGCUAAGAUAAGUAAGAGGGCCCAAAACUGGCUGGCUUGCCAGAGCAGAGGGAGAGGGAGAGGGAGGGUGAGAGUGGGCCAAAAGAGACAGAGAGAGAGCCAGCAAGGAAAGGGCUGCAGUGCACCAGCAUACAUACAUACAUUCAUGAGCCGAUCGGAGUAGGUCAUGCAUGCCUUUGUUUCUUUCUUUCUGUCUAUCCGCUGCUCUGGGGCGGGGCGGGGUGGGGUGGGUUGAGUCGGGGUAGCUGGCUUAGCUAACGUCCUCUGUCUGUGUGUGCGAUGGAUGCACGUGUGUGUGGGUGUGGGUGUGGGAGUGGGGUGAGUGUGGGUGGCAUGACAUGGCAUGGAUGCAUGGUGGCAUAAUAUCCCUCCCCCCCAAACCCCCACAGCUCCCCUUUCUCCUACGUAAUUCCCUCUCUCUCUCUCUGCGUGGCAUCCAUGUGCCCGCCAGCCACAGGGAGGCAGGCAGGCAGGCAGUCUCUACAAGACAGAGGUCAUCAGCAAUCUCUCUCUCCCCUCUCUUAUCUCAUGUGUGUGCGACUAGAGGCUGUAGUGUGUGAAUCCAGGCCACAGGCCACAUGCCACACGCAAUGGCAUGCAAUCCAAUAAGGGGUAGAGGAAGGGACUAUACACACACACACACACAAACAGGCAGGCAGGCAGGCAGGCAGACGGCCAGGCGGGCAGACGUUCGAUUAAUUUGCCAUCCAUCCAUCCCUCUAUGCCACAGCCAAUGCUAAGCGGCAUCCAUCCAUCCAUCCAGACAUGUAAUGUAUGGGAAUGGGAAUGCGAUGACCGGGGGGUGGGCUGGAGGCAGGCCGGUCCUCUUCUCUCUCUCUAUAUCUCUCCUUCUGCCCUCCCCUUCUCAAUGAAUUCGCAGCACACGGACGGCAGCCAAGCCAGGAGGCAGGCCAUGUAAUCGGGCCAGACAGACAGACAGACAGACAGGUAAGGAAGAGGGCAGCCCACUCACUCACAAAUGCAGUAUGUAUGUACGGAUCUCAUGCAGCAGAGAGAGGCACGCCCCCCACACACAUCCAUCCAUCCACCCACCCAUGGCUGGCUAACUGGGCUGUGGUGGGGGCUGUGGGUGUGUAAUGUGCCCGCCGAGCGAGCAGCGCAUCCAUCUCUGUCUGCCCCUGUCUGUCUGUCUGCUACUGGCCGGCACCUCUGUGUGCACAAUAAGUCCGCACAGGCAUCCACACACAUACGCAUUGCACUGCACUGGGGAUGGGUACGUGUGUGUGUGUGUGUGUGUGUGGGCAUCUCGUGGCAUGGCUACCCCCGCCCGCCUUAAUUGGUAUGGUCAGAUAGAUGGGGAUGGGUCUGCGGAUGUGUGUGUGUGUGUGUGGGGGGGGAUGUAGGGGUGUGUGUGGCCCGCCCGCCCGCCCGCCCAUCGAUCCAUCGUCUGUCUGUCCGUCAUGAGUAGUCGGGAUCGGGCACGUAGUACUGACCCAGGUACCUAUCUCACACACACACAUGGACAGAACGUCUCACGUGCUGCGUGAGGCAUUGUCGAGUGCGUAUGCGUGUGUCCCUAUAGUUAGUACCUGGUGCGGUCGACGUGUCUGUUGUCGUCGAUGCGCAUGAUGUGGUUCUGGAGGCCGAACAACUUGAACAGGGCGUCUUGCAACACCGGGAACGUGCAGUACGAUCGCACCUUAGUUAACACACACAUAUCCACACACACACACACACAUACAGCAUCGGCCUCCCUCCUGCCCCUCUCCAUCCAUCCAUCCAUCCAUCUGUCUGUGUGUGUGGCUCACGAGGUGUUCGUGCCAUAUUUUGAUGGGGCAGGUCUCGUCCUGCAGCCAGCAGUGCGCCAGGUAGAUCUGCAGCACGCACACGUGGGCACGCUCCUUCUGGUCCGUCACCGACAACUUCGAAAACCUUCACAAAGACAGACCACCCCACACAGACAGAGAGAAGGGCACACACACAGGCACAAACAUGGACUUGUUGAAGAAAUGGAUGGAUGGAUGGAUGGAUCUCUGUAUGUGUGUGUGUUUGAGAGCCUUACGUGUCCUCGAGCUGCACCGAUGCCAUGGCGAGGAUCAGCACAAUGUCCCACGCCUCGUACUUGCACCUGCACACCACACAUCCCAUCACACAAGACAUCCAUCCAUCCAUCGCCCCCCUUGCGUUGGUUGCCUGCUUAUUGCCUACCUGUGCAGCAUUUCCAUGGUUUUGAGUAUGAUUUUGGGUCCCAGCCCCUCCCGCUCCAGCCCCGCCAACACGCAGAACCGCUGGGCGAUGCCCACGUCGGCAGACCGGUACGCAUACUUGCCAUUGCGACGCCGAAACUCGUCAACCAGCGCCUCGCUAUUGGGCGUCGACACGCCCGUCGACACGCCCGAUGACGGUGGACCAUCCGACAAACUCCCAACCGAACCGCCGUGGCCGGUGGCACCACCUACUCCUCCCACUCCCACUCCCCCGCCCACACCCCCACCCCCGCCAACACUGCCGCUGGGCGACACGUACUCGAACCCCGAGAUCCCUCCGAUAUCGCUGCCGCUCCCGCCGCUGAAUGAGGUCGCCGUGCUGGCGGCCGAACACACCACACUCUUGCUCUGGGCGGCGUGCUGCUUCAGCGGGGUCUCGUAGGUGGCAGAAGUGGCGCUGCUGCUGCUGGUGGUAGUGGUUGUGAUGUGUGUGGGUCGGCAGGUGACGUGCGAAUGGUCGUUGUCAUGGGCAGAUCCGCCCGUGCCGCUGCCGGCGAGUAUCAUGCUGGACUUGAUGCGGCCCGGGUAGAUGAGCUGCUGCUGGUACGAUGGGCCGUACGCCGACGCCAUGCCAUGAUCUGUUGAUGCCGUCAUCGUGUCGAGGAAACGUGUGCUAGAUUCGAGCGCUGGAUG